AGGCGCGCCGGGGGCGGUGGCUGCGGCGGUGGCGGCUGAGCGCGGCCGGAGCGGGGCCGGGCGGCCCAUGGGGCCGGGCCGCGCUGCCCAUGGAGCCGCCGCGCAGCUGUGGCGAUGGCGCGGAGGACGAGAAGAAGCCGCGGCGGCGCGGUGGCGGGGCGGACGCCGGGCCCUCCCAGCUGCGGCGGCGGAGCAGCGGCGGCGCGGCGGGCGCGGACAGCGCGGCGGGGCCGCAGCCCCGCGAACGCGGCGGGUCCGUGAGUCGGCAGCGGCGGGACUCGGUCCGCAAGAACCGCCCGCUCUUCCCCUGGUUCGGCUUGGACAUCGGAGGGACCUUGGUCAAACUGGUUUAUUUUGAACCCAAAGACAUCACAGCUGAAGAAGAAGAGGAAGAAGUGGAAAACCUGAAAAGCAUCCGCAAAUACCUGACCUCCAACGUAGCCUACGGCUCCACGGGCAUCCGGGACGUGCACCUGGAGCUGAGGGAGCUGACGCUGUGUGGGCGCAAAGGCAAUCUGCACUUUAUACGCUUUCCUACCCAUGACAUGCCUGCUUUUAUCCACAUGGGGAGCCAAAAGCACUUCUCGAGCCUCCACACCACCUUAUGUGCCACGGGAGGUGGAGCCUACAAAUUUGAGCAGGAUUUUCGCACAAUGGGUGACCUUGAGCUCUGUAAGCUGGAUGAGCUGGAUUGCCUUGUCAAAGGAAUGCUGUACAUUGAUUCUGUGGGAUUCAAUGGACACUCAGAGUGUUACUAUUUUGAGAACCCCACGGAUGCUGAGAGGUGCCAGAAGCUCCCAUUCAACCUGGAGAAUCCUUAUCCUCUCCUUCUGGUCAACAUUGGCUCAGGGGUCAGCAUUUUGGCUGUCUAUUCCAAAGACAACUACAAACGGGUAACAGGCACCAGCCUUGGAGGGGGAACCUUCUUUGGCCUCUGCUGCCUUCUGACAGGCUGCUCCACGUUUGAGGAGGCCCUGGAGAUGGCAUCCCACGGGGACAGCACCAAGGUGGACAAGCUGGUCAGGGACAUCUACGGAGGGGACUACGAGCGCUUCGGGCUGCCAGGCUGGGCUGUGGCAUCCAGCUUUGGAAACAUGAUGAGCAAGGAGAAGAGGGAAUCUGUCAGCAAGGAGGACCUGGCCAGGGCCACUUUAAUCACCAUCACCAACAACAUUGGCUCCAUAGCACGGAUGUGUGCCCUGAACGAGAACAUCAACCGUGUGGUGUUCGUGGGCAACUUCCUUCGGAUCAACACCAUCUCCAUGAGGCUCCUGGCCUAUGCCCUGGACUACUGGUCAAAGGGACAGUUAAAAGCACUUUUCUUGGAACAUGAGGGUUACUUCGGUGCAGUUGGUGCCCUGCUGGGACUGCUGGACUCAGCCUGACCCUGUGCAGGAUCUGUGUUGGACCACUGGAUUCAGGACACUCCUGGGCCACUGAGCCCUUGCUUUGGGAGUCACUGAGCCCAUGUUUCUUGUCACAGCCCCACUGAGACUGUCCCACUGUGGUGGCCUGUGGGGACAGGUGUCUGUAGGAGCUGAGAUCACCUGGGAUUACAGCACAGGUUUGUUCCAAAGGAUGUGAUUGGAGUAGAUGGGCUGGGUGUGGGGGUGCAUGGGAAGGUCUGUGGGGCAUUUCAGUCACAUGGAAUUGCCCUUUUUGGGUAGUUCUACUCCAUGUUUAAUGAUGGUGACAAAGCAGAGCAGGAGCACUUUGCUCCUUCCCUUGGAGUCCCAGUGCCCAGGUCAGUUCUGUGCUCACAACCAGAGGUUCUCCAUGUGCUGGAAAAUGGUCUGGGAAUGGGGAAGAGACCAGCAGAGCCCUGCUGAGUGUAACUGACUCCAUCUGGCCCCCUGGAUCCACACUGGGACACAGCUGUGCUGGCAGCCAGGCUUCCUUUGCCCCUGUUCACACCCUUCUCUCCGUCCUGGGGACAGGAGCUGCAGCACAGCACAGAUCUGUGCCUCAGGCUGGUCCCAUUCCAGCCUCCAGCACUCCUGCACAGGCCUCAGCACCUGUGGGAUGGUGUCAGGGGUGUCUGUCAGCCUCCAGCCUUGAGAUUUGAGGAUGGAAUAGGGAUAUUUGUUAUUUCUCUGUUACCAAACUCCACCAAAGAGACACUUCCUUCAGUCACACUCGGAUCUCUGUAAUAUUCCAUGUUACAUUUAUUAAUGGCUACACUCCUGUCACUUUGGGGGAAUUCUCCCCUUUCCCUGCAUGCUGUACUUGCUCUUUUCCCUGUGCAUGCUGCCACACAGCCUGCCAGCAGGGUACUGCAGUGUGGAGCCCCUGUGGAAGCUGCACCCUCGGGAGGGGGGUUGGAUGGAUCCUGCAUGCUCAAUAAACACUCU